GAUGGAUUUCAAGUGUAUUUCUGUUCAGUUCGAAGACUAUGGCUCACAGCUUAGGAAUAACCGAAAUUCAGUUUUUCAGAAAAGUAGAAUAUUACAUAAAGACCAGUAAAGCAGGACUAAUAAAGCAAACUGAAUCUACUGAAAAAGUAUGUCUACUGUACAGCACAUGUUCUCAAUAUUUGAUUGUGGCUCCUUUUGCAUGAAUUACUGCAUCAAUGCGGUGUAGCAUGGAGGUGAUCAGCCUUUGGAUCAGUUGAGGGAUAAGGAAGCCCAGGUUGCUUUGAUAGCGGCUUUCAGGUCAUCUGAAUUGUUGGCUCUGGUGUCUUGAAUCUUCCUCUUGACAGUCAGGUCAGACUAGUUUGCUGGCCAGUCGAGCACAAUGAUGCCGUGGUCAACAAAGCAGGUAUUGGUACUUUUGUCAUGUACCAAGUAGGUGUGGGCGAUAUAUCGAAUACACUCGAUGACGUAUUUUCCCACGCACAAUGGUUAAAAUGGCUUUACCGCGCAUCGAGUACAAACUAGCAUGGCGAGAUUAGGCCGUCUGCAUCUAAUUCACUGUGAGUUUUGUUUCACCCACACGCUAUGAACGCAUCACUAACCUACCUGGUACACGCAGCAACGAGCAUGCGAGAAAUUAUGGCGACAGCGGGAUAUCCAGCUGAGCAAGUGGAUUGGAGCACUGAAAUGGAGUCAGAUAAGCUAAUUACGAUGCGAAACGGCAUUGGAUCAAUAAUAUGACAGUGGUUUGGAUUUCUCAAGGAGGACGUCGAACAAAUGGCGGCCAUUUGCAAAACAUGCCGCAAAACCAUCGCUGCAAAAAUUGAUUUCACCACCUAAAAAGUCACCCACUGCAAAAUGAAGACCAUUGUAAACUCCGCAUGUCGGCGUCUCCCCACACACCAAAGAAAACGUUAAAUAGACCAGCUGCGAAGCAGAUGACGCUGGCGUCUUCAUUUGAGAAAGGUGGAGGAAAUCACAGACGUAGUAACAAAAAUGUCGCCAAAGACAUGGCUCCUGUCAUCGUGGUGGAAAAACCCGGAUUCAAAAAUCUUAAGACACUUCAUGCCAAAUACAAAAUGCCCGGUUGCAAUUUAGCGCAGAAAAAGCGUUGCCAGAGUUGUACAUUUCAGUAAGAGAAAAUAUAUCCCAGCUGCUAACAAAUGUUACCCACUUCUCAACAACUACGGAUCUGUGGACGAGCCGCACCUGUGCGCCGUAUCUUAGCCUAACUCUACCUUCCAUCGACCAGCGCUGCUCCAACACGCGUCAUGUGAUUGUUCUUCAGGUUUGCAGGCAUUGUCUGAACUUGGCAACUUUUUCCAUUUUACAACGUUUUGUGGUUCUUUAAAAUUCCCACCACGUAAAGAGCGUCGCAAAUAAUUUUAAGAUGUUGCCGUUCCUGGUCACUCGUUUUUGUAGUCAGUCUCUGACUUUUGUUUUUGUCAUUUGAGGUCAUCACAUUUUUUUUUAACAAUUGUUUUAGUUCUACAAUUUUUACGUAAUUUUUAUGUUUUAUGCAUAAAAUAACACCUUUUUAAUUUCAAUUUACUGAGUAUGAUGGGUUCUUGCUUGGUUUCUUUGUAGGUUGUUGGGAUCUUGUUAAAGGUCUAAUGUUUACUACAGAAAGAGACAUAAUGUGGCAGUAUUGUUAAUUGUGAAAAGCUAUGUGCAACUGAUUAUAGAAAAUGGUUAACAUUAAACCCUUUUAAUGGUUGCAAAUAACAUUUGUUUUACAAGGUUAUUUAAACAUAUGGUAUAUGUUGUCUAUCCUGAUUUAGCCCAAAUAUAUCGAGACAAUAGAUUUUUCUCAUAAUGCACAGCCCUACUAUCAAGUCCUGCUGGAAAAUGAAAUUAGCAUCUGCCUUAAGGCUCAUCAGCAGAAACAAGUAUAAAGGGUUCUAAAAUGUCCUGGUGGAUGGCUGCGUUGACUGUGGACUUCAGACCAACACCAGCAGAUGACAUGUCACCCCGAAUCAUCACUGACUGUGGAAACCUCACACUGCACUUUUAGUAAUGUGGCUUCUGUGCAUCUCAACUCUUCAUUCAGACUUUGCGACCUUGAUUUCCCAUGAAACUUUGGACCACCUAGCAACAGUCCAGUUGUUUUUCUUUUUAGCUCAGGUGGGACGCAUCUUAAGUUGUAUCUGGUUCAGGAGAGGCUUAAUACGAGGAAAGUGACAGCUAUAGCCAUCUCCUAAUACAUCCAUGUGUGUUGGCUCUUGAAACUCUUGACUCCAGCCACAGUCUGCGCCUUGUGAAUGUCCCUCAGACUCUUCCAUGGGAUUUGCGUCACAGUCAUCUCAAGUCUGUAGUUUACCCUGUUUCUUGUGGACCUUUUUUUACCGCACUUUUUCUUUCCACUCAACUUUCCACUAAUAUGCCUGGAUACAGAACAUUGUGAACAGCCUGUUUCUUUAGCAAUGCCUUUUUGUGGCUUACCUCCUUGUGGUCAGUUAAUGGCUCUUUUAUAUGAUUGUGUUGGGCAAAACAGUUCUGGCGUCUAUAUGGUAUUAUGAAAUAUUCAAAUUUUCCAAGAAACUGGAUGCCAUUAGAUGCAACCCAUAAUCAUUCAAAUUACCAGAAAAUACUGAUUUCUAUGUGGAAUGAUUCUAUGAGUUUCCCUUCUUGAUUGGAAUUACUGAAAUACAUGAACUCUUCCCUCUUGUUUGCCAUGUCAUAGCUGGAGUAACACCCUCACAUGGAGUAAGUUAGACUCUCAAACCCGUCUCUGCAGAAUGUUUUAAGGAUGCUGGUAGAGAGUGAUGUUUGCUUCAGUUUUCUCAAAGUGCGGUCUCGAUUUCCCAGUGGUGUUCUGCAACCAGAUGAGGUUAUCAGAGCCCUGUUCUCCAUUGAAUUCAACAAGAAUAAUCAUUCAAUGCUCAGAUUUAUCAACUGAAUUAAGGGGUCGCAAGUGUUGUGAGUGAAUGUCUUAAAGAUUGGUACACUGACAAGAGUCUUUAAUAGAAAUAGUUGGUCAUUAACUUUAUAAAUUCAUCUAUAUGGAACGUUGUAAAUGAAACAAUUUCAUUUUUAAAUAGGAAUUUGUUUUCUUUUUCAUUUUUAUUUGCAAUAGCAGACUAGUUUUUCCUGCGAAAAUCUAAAUUUACGUCAGAGAUGCACUCGAUUGCCAAAAGUAUUAGCUCGUCUACUUUCACACUCCUAUGAACUUCAACAAAAUCCCAUUCUUAAUCCAUAGGGUUUAUUGUGAUGUCAGUUAACGCUCCGCAGCUAUAAAAGCCUCAACACUUGUUGAGUGUGUUCAUGGGAAUUAUUGUCCGUUCUUCCAUUUGUCCUUGUCUUUAUGGACCUUCAUUUGUGUACUGUUGCGCAAAUCAUGUUGGAGCAGGAAGGUACCGACUAUUCAACAUUUGAAAUACUUAUCAAACCACAUGAAAUGGAAUCUUCUUUGGGAUCCCUGUUGAGCAGCUGGCAGACCUUCCUGCUGACAAUGUCGAGCUGGUGCUCAAAGGGCUCAUACACGGUGGUGUGAAGUCUCUGACACGAGGGAAGUCAUUAGUCUUCAUUAGUAACUUCCAGGAGUUUGUUAUGAAGUGCUGUGAAGUUGUCAUUUGUUCCCUUUGCCAGGAAAACUAGAUGUGAGGUUUAUUUUGUUACAUGGAGGGCCAAAUGUGCCCCCCAUGGUUUGUGCAUUUGAGGUCAUGGUCACUUUGGAUUAUGAAGAUGAGAUGAAAAAAUUAUUUUUAUUCUUAUUGUUUUACUUUAUUACAACUGUUGAAACAAACACGUCUUUCUAUGAGAGAAUGUACACUUCUUCCCAUUUUUAAGACUUAGGGACUCCAGCAAACCACAUAGAGAACCGUUAUUCACAAAUGGACAAAACAUGGAACGGGGCGAACUUUCCUAAGAGUGGCCGGCCUGCUGAAAUAACUCCAAGAGUGCAUCAAUAACUCCUUAAGGAGUGGAGGAAAGAACCCAGAACAGCAUCUAAUCUCCUAGCUCGAUUUAGCCCAGCUCCACUCCACACAUCCUGUUUUGCGAAGGUUUCCAUUACUGAUUUUUCUGGCCCAAAAUCUGCUUUGUUUUGGACCAACUCAGUAGCAGGUACGAUCGGGGCUGAUUAAGGAAUGCAUGUGACCUGCUGUUCAGAGAUUGGCCAUGGACGUGGUCAGGUGUAUGAGUACUGCAGGCUUCACUUAGCUUAGUUAAAGUCGGUGAUCAUGACUGAACAAUUAGAAAGUAACCGGGCAAAAAGUAACCACAUGGAAGAGCUCCAAUGCAAAGCCCACUGCUAACCCAGAAGAACAAAAGGUUCGGUUUUACAUUUGGCAAAAUAAUAUCUUGAUGGUCCCCAAGACUGUUUGGAAAAACAUUCUGAGAACUGAUUAGACAAAAGUGGAUCUUUUUGUAAGGUGUGCCUCCUGUUACAUUUGACAAACAACAAAAAAUCCUGAAGGAGAAUGUCGGGCCACCAGCUUGCGACCUUAUGAUCAAGUGCACCCGAGUUACGCUGAAGGACAAUGAUCCAAAGCACAUCAGCAAGUCCACUUCUAAAAGGCUCAAAAAGAAAAGGUAACUCAUAGGUUUUGAAGUGGCUUAGUCAAAGUCCAGACUUCAGAUUAAGAGGUUGUGGCAUUACCUUAAACAGGCCGUUCUAAACCCUACAAUGUGGCUGAAUUAUUCUCUCCACACUGAUGUAAGAGAAUUAUGCCAGUUAUCGCAACUGUGGGACAUCCAGUUAUUAGAUGUAGCAUUGUUGAUUUUCCAAACAGAUCCAGGUAGUUGUGACAGCCUUUUCUCCUUCUUAAAUGAAAAAAAACAGAAGAAAUCUGUGAGGGGGCAAAUAUUUUUUUACAUCGCUGUAUGUAAUGAAUGUGAUGAAAUAAUUUUUGGAUAAGUAAUGCACAAUUAUUACGUUAAAAAAAUUAUUGUUUGCAUUUAUAGCUCCACUUUCUCUACAGUAAGAAAAGCGUCUCUUUCCGCAUCAAAAGGACGCCCUGCAGGGCUAAUGUGAGCGAAAGGUGUGAGAUUUCUCAUCAUUCCACUCCAGGGGCUCUUUAUUGACCUGCUGCAGAGCCGUCUGAUCCCCGGGUCCUGGCUGUAUAUUGGCAGCUGUUAACUUAAAGAGCACAUGGAGAUCUCUGUGCAGUCAAGGCAAAUGGCUUGAAGGUUGACAGUGGGAAGGUGCAGCACCCGUGUCACAUAGGUGAACUAGAAUAUACCUAGGAAGGAAAGCCUCUAAGGGAUCAGACUUGAGAUUUGUUUUUUUCUUUUAAAAUGGUUGACUCUCACCUGCAAACAUCCACUGGAGUUUCUUUGAGGUUUAAAUUACAUAAAGCAUUGCAGCCUCCAUUGGCCUUUUCCAGGCAGCCACACUGAUUUGUCACUCUGUCUACAUCUUCCCUGCAGGCUGGAUGUUACAUAAAGCAGCACCCUGUCCUUGCUUUUAGACCUCUGGCCUUUUACCAGUCACACCUGUCGCCUUUAGACCCUUUAUGUAAAAAGGUUGACACUGAUGCUGCUGAAACGUACACUUCUGGGCUCCGACGCUCUCUGCUGCAAAUGACCUGAAAAGACCUGAUCUCUUUAAUUUCCAAGCGUUCACCUACCUCUAUGAGCAGCUAAAAUACCCCCAGCGACCUCUACGACCCAUGAGGCUGUUACAGGAGAUACUCACGCAGGCCCAGAAAAGCUGAGGAGAGCGACACUGAACCUCUGAUUAAUAACUCCCCGACAACAACUGGUUUUACAUAAACACAAUUAGAAACACAUCCUCAAAGCCAAUGUUGCUAACUUUCAGUGAAAGGAGGAGCGCUGGGAGACAUCAGUGCGGUUAAAUGACCACCUCACAUCUUUAAGUGCAUCUUUACUACUUCAAUAUUAUCUUUUUUAUUUGACAUUGAUCUCUGCCCAGAGCUUGUUAAUAUAUUCACAGGGGGAACAUCUUGCACACUUUGUGGACAUUUACAGUGCCUUGCAAAUGUACUCAAACCCCCUUUUCUAUGCCACAACCACAAAGUACAAUAUACUUUUGGGGAAUUUUAUGUGAUGGACAAACACAAAAUAGUCCAUAACUGAAGUGGAAAGAAUAAUGCAUGGUUUUUAAAUUUCUUUAGAAAAACUAUCUGUCCCCUCACAGUCGACUCUUUCUAGAACUACGUAACGCUUAAAUUACAGCUUCAUUUAGGGCAGGUCUCUACCAGCUUCACCCAUGUAGAGUUUUUGCUCAUUCUUCUAUGCAAAAUAGUUUCAGCUCAAUCAGAUUUGAUGCAAAGCACCUGUGAGCAUCAAUUUUCUAGUCAUGAAUAUGUUUUGAUCUGAACCAUUUAAUUGUAGCUCUGGCUUUAUGGUUGGUCAUGGUUAUUGAGAGUUGUUGUCCAGCCUCAGUGUUAAGUCUUUUGCAGCCUCUAACAGGUUUUCUUUCAGGGUUGCCCUGCUUUUAACCUCAUCCAUCUUCCCAUAUAGCACGAACAGCUUUCCUGUCUCUGCUGAUGAAAGCAUACCCACUGCAUGGUGCUCCCACCACCAUGUUUUACAGCAAGAAUGCUGUGUUUAGGGUGGCAGUUUCCUGCCAUACAUAGAGUUUUCAAUGUAGGCCAAAGUUUUUCAGUUUUGGUCUCAUUUAACCAGAGCACCUUCUUCCACAGGUUUGCUAACUGCAAACUGCAAAGGUUUCUUUCAACAAAUGAACAAUCUUGCCACUCUUCUAUAAAGGCAACAUUUGUGGAGUGCACAACUAGUAGUCACAGUUGUUUCUUUAUCCCCGACCUGUGUUGUGUGCCCAUUGGUCUCCAUGAUGCUUACUGAUGUUCUCCAACGAGGCCUUCACAGUACAACUGAAUUUAUACUGAAAUUAACUUUAUUACUAAUUAAUUUAACCUCUGAAGGAAACUGAUUGCACUGAACUUAAUUUAGGGGUACCACAAUAAAGGGGGUUGAACACAUAUGCACAUAACACUUUAGAUUUUCAUUUGUAAAACAUUUUGAAAGCCAUGAAUUCACACGCUUUAUAAUUAUGCCCUACGUAGUGUUUACCUAUCACAUAAAAUCCCUAUAAAAUACAUUGGUGACAAAAUGCACAAAAGUUCUUGAGGUAUCAGUACUUUUGCCAGCCACUGCAACCAGCUGCCUCUCUACUUUUAAACAUGGUGCCUUUAGUUAGUUAUUUGUACAGUAAGAGAAAAAAGCACUCCGUGAUGCUGGGGUGUAAAAAGCUGUGCUUACAGAGGGCAUUGUAUGCAGCACAGGCACGAGAACCCAAGAGUGAACCUACGAGAUGGUUUGUGUUUCUGUGCCUGAGAGAAGCUGAAUUCAAUUCAAGCAAAAAAGGAAAUUGUCAUUUUUCCUCCUUCUAUGCUAAUGCCUGUAACGCAAAGCGGUUGUUUCGCCUGCAGUGACGCAGUAUGAUCAACUGUGACACCUGUGGGUUGGACCAGGAAGUGUAUAUCAAGGAGGACAGCUGGGUAUACUCUCCAACCCCUCCUGGCUCCAUCAUUCAUGCCUGACUUUGAGCUUGUGCUGCUAACUGGUUGUUAAUUGCCCACCCAUACACUGGGCUUUCUCUUCAUACAGAAACUUGCUUCUUCAAGGGAAACCAUCUUAAUGAGAUUAUCUGUCAGAGCAUGGGCUUGUCUAGACAACCCAAUACACAACCAGCAGCAUCGCCUCUUCCCAGUAGUCCUAGAUGGCUUCUGAAGAUGCCCCAGGUAAAACUUACCUACAGGAAGAUUGCAUGGUAUCACCACACCAUUAUGGGUUUACACAGAGUUUCCCUACCCUCUCUGUAAUUUGGUGGAGAAAGCCAGAAGUAAGGAAGUGUAAGGGCGAUUUUUAUGUAAUGGGACAUUUUGUCCACUUUCAGUUCAGUAUAUUUCCUGUAUGAGUGUGUGUAUUACAUUUCUCCCCAGAUUUUUUUAAUUCGUUUUGAGAAAACAGUGCAUAAGUUCAGUGCAUCCCAUUUGACAAGUCUUUCCACUCCAUUUCUCUUAAUUGUGUCAAAUGACUUGCACUGAGUGUUUACCACAUUGCACAAAAACACUAAGUGGCAUGUCUCUGAUCGGUUAUGUACGUGUCAAUGAUAUCUACACAGCUUCUGGAGCUGCAGCAGGGAAGUCCGUCCAUAUUUGUUUUAAAGUCUCUUAGCAGUUAAUAAAGGCGCAUUUCCUCCUUCCCCUUUCCUGUGGGGACGGUAUCAGGGCUCUGUUAAAUCUCUUUGAUUUCCAGCACCCCUCCAAUCACAGCGGGACCCUGACUCAUCAUUGUGUCACUUCAAAGCCUGGGAACAGCCCUCCUGGCUCCACCUACCUAAGGGUUCCUCUUAAAAGUAAUGGUCACCCUCUCCUGCAGCAUCCAUCUGAUGCUACAUGACUGAGCUGUUUGGACCAAUCUAAACUGCUGGAUUUGUCUUCAACACAUGAGACAGGGGGACCAGGGGCAGAGCGGGGGCAACAUUUUUGGAUUUAGCUAACAUUUGGAUUGAAUGUGAUCCUUUCAUGCAUAAAAAUCUCAAACUGUUCUUGUCCUGCCAUUGAAACUGGAAAUGCAGUCCAUCAGGGAGCUGAAGUCUAACUUCAGCGGUCCACCUCCUGCCUCCAUGGCUGCCUGCCCUGAUGCCUAUCUCCAGGGAAGCAUCAGGAUGACUCUGGAAGACACUGACCUCUGGAAGACUUUCAAUGAAAUUGGAACAGAGAUGAUAAUCACCAAACCUGGCAGGAGGAUGUUCCCACACUGUAAAGUGAGUUUGUCUGGUCUCCUCCAAUGUGCCAAGUACAUCUUUCUGGUAGACAUGGUUCCUGAGGAUGGUUUCAGGUAUAAGUGGAAUAAAGAGAAAUGGGAAGUGGCAGGAAAAGCGGAGCCUCAGCCUCCCUGCAGGACCUACCUCCACCCAGACUCUCCAGCCCUGGGGAGCCACUGGAUGAAGCAGAGCAUCUCGUUCCUCAAGCUCAAGCUCACCAACAAUACACUUGAUCAGCACGGGCAUAUCAUUUUACACUCAAUGCAUCGCUACCACCCGCGUUUCCACAUCGUCCAAGCAGAUGAUCUGUUCAGUGUCCGCUGGAGUGUGUUCCAGACUUUCACCUUCCCAGAGACGACCUUCACUGCAGUCACUGCCUACCAGAACACCAAGAUCACAAAGCUGAAGAUUGAUCACAACCCGUUUGCAAAGGGUUUCAGGGAUGAGGGCACUAAUAAAAAAAGGCAUGCAAACAAAAACCCUGCAUGCCCGGAAAAAAGAGCCAAGAUACCAGACGCGUUGAAUGACUCCAAGGACAGCAGUUCACCAGGCUUUUGCCAGUCAUCAUACGAGGGUUGCGAAGGAGAAGAAGGGUACUUGGCCAAAAGGAAAGAUGGGGUUGCUGUAAAGAAAGAGCAGUACUCUCCCUGGGGUGCUGAGAGACAGCAGGGUGUGAGGACUGACUCUCCUGCUGGGGCAGACACAAGAGAUAUCUACAGCACAGAGCAGCUUGUUCCCGCUCCUGCUUCCUACCAGCUGUACAGGGCCCACGAGUAUGGAAAGUCUCCAUCCCCCUCCUCCAGCAUCGGCAGCAGCAUCAGCGGAUCUGGACGAAGGAGCUUUGAGUCCAGGGUUCCUGAAAUUGCCUCAGUCCCUGAUCAUGACUUGUCAAAGCCUGGCCCAUCCAAUUGUGGCCCCCAGCAUCUUGCUGGCCCACAGGACUACAGGGCCAUGGCCCAGGCUGGCAAGUCGGGAGUCAUAAGCCACCACAUUUACAACCCCUACAGCACGGAGCAGCCGCUGGGCCAGUGGAGCGGUCCUGGAUCUGCCCAGUAUGCCCCUCCCCACCCUCUGACCGCCGACUACACCACACAAGCUGUGCACCACAGCUAUCACCAUGGCAACGUGGGCGAGUGGAGCCAGUAUCCGCUGUUCUCUUACUCCUGCUGGUGAGGAGUUUACCAAAUCUGCUGUGCCUGCUGGCUGACGCACGGCUCACAGAUCUGAGAACGCAUGCCCAAACAAUGACGAGGGCCUGACACUUACGACAACAGGGAGGUUCGGGAAGGAGAAAAGAUGUGGCACAGGUGGCCUCAAUGUUCUGCUCAGAACAGAAAAAAGCAGAAACCCUCCAAACCUUGAAGAACAAAUGUCCACUCAGCCCUGCAGGGUGUCUAUUUAUUUUAGAUUUUGUUUAAUCUCCAGUGUAAAUAUUAUUUUUGUACAGAAAAUGAGAAUUAAACCAAAGUGUGCAAAUUAUGUGUCUAUGCCUUGUAAUGUGAAGUAAAAAUAAAAUACUUAUGUGAUAUAAUA